GAGAGAGAGAGAGAGAGAGAGAGAGAGAGAGAGAGAGAGAGAGAGAGAGAGAGAGAGAGAGAGAGAGAGAGAGAGAGAGAGAGAGAGAGAGAGAGAUGCAUGUAGUGUCCGGCGGCAGUGUCCAAAUGGCGCUGGCGCUGAAGCACGCCGCGCUGUGCCUGAUGCUGCUGCCGCGCUUCCUGCUGGCCGCAGUCAUGCUGUGGAUCUUGGAUUUCCUGUGCAUCCGCAAAAAAGUGCUGCUGAGGAUGGGCCAGGGUGAGGGCGGCCCGGACGACCCGCCGGUGUGCGUCUCGGACUCCAACAAGAUGUUCACCCUGGAGUCGCUGCGCGCCGUGUGGUACGGGCAGAAACUGGACUUUUUCAAAGCGGCGCACGUUGGCCACAGCGCGCCCAACACCGAGGUGGUGGCGGUGCAGGACCGCCAGACCCUGCGCAUCCUGGACUGCAUGCGGGGCAAGAGGCCGCUCAUUCUGAACUUUGGCAGCUGCUCCUGACCGCCGUUCAUGACGCGCCUGGCCGCGUUCCGGCGCGUGGCGAGCCAGUACGCGGACAUCGCGGACUCGCUGCUCGUGUACAUCGAGGAGGCGCAUCCGUCCGACGGCUGGGUGAGCUCCGACGCGCCGUACCAGAUCCCCAAGCACCGCUGCAUCGAGGACCGGCUCCGCGCGGCGCAGCUGAUGCUGUCCGAGGUGCCGGGCAGCCAGGUGGUGAUCGAUACCAUGGACAACUCGUCCAACGCGGCGUACGGCGCCUACUUUGAGAGACUUUACAUCUUGAGGGACCAGCGUGUGGUCUACCAGGGCGGCCGGGGUCCCGAGGGGUACCGCAUAUCGGAGCUCAGAGAUUGGCUGGAGCAAUACCGGCACGAUCUCGUGAGUUCCAAAACAGCUGUGCUCCAUGUUUAGUUGGGAGGGGGGGGGGGUGAUGCUGUCUCUGUGAUCUAUAAUCUGUUAUAAAUGUCCGGUUUCAACCGUGCAAAAACCAACGUGUUCAGAUGCUGCUAAUGAUCAUGAUGAACCCCCAAGGCACAUGCAUGGCAGAUCGUUAUCUGUCCAGCUCUCCUAGGCUUCUGUGGUGUGUUUCUUUGGCUUACGACCUAUAUAUAUUGACACCAUUGUUUGUACAUAGAAGAAGACAGACAAGUUGACCCGUGCGACGUUUCCACUUCUUUCUCGGUGAACAUCCAGUUUGUGAUCACUUUAUUUUUAUACAGUAGUCUUAUACCUGUCCGUUGGUCCGUGCGUGUGCCUGUGAGCGCGCUUUCACGUGACGUGUGUGUGUGUGUGUGUGUGUGUGUGUGUGUGUGUGUGUGUGUGUGUGUGUGUGUGUGUGUGUGUGUGUGUGUGUGUGUGUGUGUGUGUGUGUGUGUGUGUGUGUGUGUGUGAGAGAGAGAAGAGUGCGUCCGUGUGUGUGCGCGCGUGUGUCGGUGUGUGUGGGUGUAUGUGAGUGUGUGUAGGCUGAUAACCUUACUCCGGUGUUCGUGUGAAGUUCAGUUUUUAAGAGGUGUAACCAGAAAACUGAUACUGAUGUUUAUGACACUAGAGUUCGGUAAUCUCAGCAGUUUUUUUACUGAUCAAUUGACAAAUGUCUGGUAAACAAUGUAUUCUUUAUGAACAAAUGUUUGCUUGUUUUUUUUUUAAAUAAAUGAAGACAAAAAUACUAACUUCAGAACAGAAAA